AGGCUCCAGCAGCACUCCGACGACCGGCAGUUUCCGUCACAGGCGCCGCCCCGCUGGAGCCCGGAAGAGCUAGGAUCUCUGAAGAAUAACUGAAGUAUUAUGAAGCCUUUGCCAUUACUUUCAAGCAGCAUGAAUUGGUUGAAAAUGCUUGAGGAUCUAAGCUUCAGAAAACUAAUAUAUGGUUCAAAAUGUCCCGAAAAACUGAAUUAUGACUUUAACAAAAACGGUGAACUUAGGCAUGUAGAUACCAAUGAACCUUUUAAUUUUAAUUAUAACAAUUCACUUGAUAGUAAUCAUAAACGUUAUGAAGCUCUUGGACACUUAAUUAUUGAGUAUGUUUAUGAGCUUCUGGAACAAGUUUGCAAAUUGCAAAAAAUUUACAUCCCAAUAGAUGGGGCAGACAAUGAGCCUAAGAGUUUCAUUUUCUUAAGUGAGAAUGCAUUAAGAAACUGCCCAACUCUAGUUGUCCUGCUUCAAGACCGGGGAGUCUUUCGUGCUGGUCAGUGGUGUCAAAAGGCCAUAAUUCAUGAAGGGCUCCAAUAUGGAACUCAGAUACCAUUCAUUACAAUGGCUUUGCAGUGCAGUUGGGAAGUUAUUGUGUUAAAUCCCAAUGACAAUUACAUUGCUCUGAAGACAGAAAAAGAAGAAUUCUCUUGUGUUCUAAAGUCACCACAUGUCAUCCCCAAAAGAUACAACAGUAGCCCUGAAGAGCAUACAACUUAUGUUUGGGACCACUUCAUUUCAAAGAGUACAGCUGGGAAUGUGGCUUUUAUUGCUCACGGCUAUGGAGGCCUGGUCUUCAUUAACUUGCUCAUGCAGAGAACUGUUGAGGUUAUGAAUAAGGUGUAUGCUGUUGCUCUUGUUGACUCUACUCACAAUACAGUGCACCAGACACAAGGUAAUUUUCAGAUACGGGAAUGGAUCCAGAAGCAUUGCCGGAAAUGGGUGUCAAAUAAUAAGCCUCUAGAUAAAGCAGUAGGCAAUUCUAUGAAAAUGGAUUGUCCUACAGUCUCUACAGGAACAGAAAAACAUAGUUUUGCACCCUCUUCUAGUCUACACUCCAUUUUCAAGUAUCUUAAGAAUGAAAUGAAAGUCAGCACUAAAUCACAUUUCGUUCGUUCCCCUAUUGCAACAAGGAGUAGAAAAGUCAUGAAAAAAACAUAAGCCCGUAUAUUGCUCAUACUCCUCUCUGUCAUCAGUAAAAGUGGUAUAUUGCCUUAUAGCUGCCUUAGCUAUGUAUCAUUACACAUAUUUUAGACAUGAAACAUUUUCUUUAAGAGAGUUACAAUCACUAUAAUAUACUGUAAAGUUAAUUCUGAAUUAAAUCAUAUUAUUUCAAUGGAAAUUUGUGUCUU